CAUCGCGGUACACCCAUGUUUACACCGGAAAGAUGCAGUCUGGAUGAAAGUGGAAGUAAAAGUUACAGACGACAGGCACGCGAGACUGUAGACCUGAGGGCUGACAGUAAACAGUAAACAGCAUAUCAAAACCUGCUGACAUCAUGAUAGCUUACCCAGUCUACCAGGAGCGACCAUAUGAAGUCUCUGUAUUCCUGAAGACCAAGCCACAGAUUUUUGCGGUUUUGGAAAUGUUGGUGUCAUUAGUGAUGAUGAGUCUUAACAUAACUAGUACUGCUUAUUUCUUACUGCCAUUUCCAGUGUUUUUCCUUUUAACAGGAUCUGUAAUAGUCUUGGCUGCAAGCAAACAUAACGUUUGUCUAGUGAAAACAGCACAGGCUUUAACCUACAUAAAUAUGGUAGUUCUUGCUAUAUCCUUUCACUACCACUUGGUUUUCGCUUUGGUUUGGGGUGUGAUUGGCAUUGUCCUUAUGGUCUGUGAUGUUCUGGUCUUGAUUUUCUCUAUUGUUAUUGCCUCGGCUUCUUGCUCAUGUUGCUGCAGGCCAAAGUCAAGAAGUGUAGCAGUCAGUUACAUGAGCGCCACUGUGCCUGUCAACAGUGUUGGGCUUUUGAACCAUUCAGACCCCUCUGCUUCACCUCAGCCUGUUACUUCAGUCGUGUAUGUGCUGCCAGCAACAUACGGUCAAGUCCCGUCUUUACCUCCACCAAACUACGGCCUGGUGACACCUGCUCUUUCAGCGAAUUACAGUCUAGUUCCCACUGCACCUCCAGCUAACUACAAUGUAGUCCCAACUUCUCCUCCACCAGCCUAUGACCAGGCUUCUGUGUUUUCCCUUCCGGAGUUCCAGACACAAGAGAAUCAAAUUCACCAAUACAUGAAAUAAGAUACAUUUUUGGAAACCUGUAUAUAGUUUUUUCCUUUUUUCAAUGGGUAUUAAAAUGUGGAGGUUUAUCUUUUUUAUGUUUACACUGUUACAUGUUAAAGGCAAACUGUACCUAUCAGUACUACUUUUUGUAACGCGUUUGUCAGUAUUUUUGAUACAAUUUAUGAGCUAUAGCAUUUUGUUAUACAACCAGUUAAAUAUAAUCUAAAUUAAUGUUAAAGCCUCAUUGUGUUAGCAGACAUAUUACUAGGACGGUAAUGUCUGCCCUUUAUUAAAUAAUAAUGCCUAUUUGUCAAUAAAUCUCUAGUUAACUCAUCACUGACUUUUCUUGGUUAAAAUAGCCAUGCAACCAUUACUUCAACUCAGAGGUCUGAUUCAGACCAAAAUUGACAGCAUUUACAGACAGCAAAUAAACGUAAAAUUCAACAAUGACCCUUUAACUGUCACCAUCCCGUAUACGGGACACCUGCGUUUGCUUCAAUAUUGUGCAUGUAAUUUCAAAUCGAAUCAUGACAAACUAUAUUUAUUUAUAAUUAUAUUUUCAAAUAAUUUAUGUAGGAAGAGAAAUUGUUUCUUAUUUAUAAAGAGUGUGCUUGAUUUUUUCAUGACCUUUUACAUGCCACAGACCCGCCGGUUAUUUUUGUGAAAAUUCUGAUCUAAUCAUGACAAACUAUAUAUCAUUGCAAAGGUCUGAGACUCUAAAAUACACGUUUCAUCAGUGUUUUAUAAAAUAAAGUAUGUAGGAAGUGUAAUUGAUUCAUAAAUGACAAGCGUGUGUAUCAAAAAUAAAUACCUCCUGCGGAACACCUACAUUUACUUCAAUACUUUGCAUGUAAAUUCUUAUCAUGACAAACAUAUGGUUGGAAAGGCCUAAGACUCUAGAAUACACAUUUGAUCAGUGUUAAGAGGAAUAAUCUAUGUAGGAAGAGAAAUUGAUACAUAAAUGAAAAUUGAUUCAUAAAUGAGUGUGCUUUAAAAGUAUAGUUUCAUACAAAUGUAUUGUUUUUAUAUUGUUUCUGUGCUUUUUUAUUUGUUCAUUGUGUCUUUUAAUUGGAAAAGUAAAAAAAUAAACACACAGACAUCUCUGAUCAUCUGAGAAUAAAAGUAAACAGACAUGGUGGCAGUAACCUUUAGCUGACUGUCUGGUUGAAGAUCUCAAAUCUCACUGAUGGCUUUCCAGGUGCACCAUAUGAAGUCUCUGUAUUCCUGAACAUCAAGCCAUAGAUUUUUGGAGUAAG